GGAUCUGAACCAAUCAAUCGCCCUGUGCACAGAAUCGCAACGCCAAAACGCUCGUCUUUGCUACGUCGCCUCCUUCCGCAUCCUCGCGAUCCAACGCGCCCUGCCUUUCAGCGUCGAGAGUCUCAAACGCCUUGCGCUCCACUGCCUGGACCUCAGUCUGUGCAGAGAGAGGCGAGCUCUGGUCCGGGAGGCCAUGCCGCGCAGAUGACCCCGGCAGCAACAGAGUUCCCCUAUUUGUACGAAACAAGUUGAGUUUGCGCCGGCUUCGACUAGCGAUCCAUCAUGGGCGGCCUUCUCUUACUCGUCGGCCUAUGCAUUGUCAUGGCAGUGGCGUCGUUCCUAGCCGGAGCCCUGCCACUGUCGAUGACACUUUCACAAUCACAGCUUCGAUUAAUAUCUAGCAUUGGAGUUGGCGUGUUGGUUGGAACAUCUCUUGUCGUUAUUAUACCCGAGGGCAUCGAAACCGCAGUCACGCCUGCAGAAGCCUCUCAUCUUCACAAAGUACGGAGCCUAGUUCGGAGAUCACCAUGGGCCCUUGGAAUCGACCCUCGAAAUAUCAUUGAAACAUUCCCCGUUGUGCAGACCACCGCCCCCCGAGAUACGAUAUUAAGUGGCGACCUGGCUAGCAUUUCACCACGGAUCGAAAUUUCACAGAGCUAUCAAGCUAUAAAAAGACGGGAUGAUGGGGAGGAGCAAUCGCAGGAACCGUCCCAGCCUGCUCCGGAGCAGGAAGAACACGAACACAAAGAAAACGAAACGGCGCACACGCACAGUCAUGAGGUUCCAACGCUGGAAAUUGGAUUCUCCAUGAUUGCUGGCUUCAUUCUGAUGUUCCUCAUCGACAGGCUUCCCAGACAUGCUACUGAGAGCCUGCGGUCUGGACCAGAGACUCGCCAUAUGAGCUUGGACGAUCUUGGAGGGGGGGAUACGGCAUCCAUUGACGAAGAGGCGGAUGGCUUCUUGAAUUCUUUGGCGCCGACCCCUCGAAAAGCGCGUAGCUUAGCAACAACCACUGGAUUGGUGAUCCACGCCGCAGCCGAUGGUAUCGCCAUGGGAGCAUCUGCAACGUCAUCUAAUAUGCGACUGGGCUUCGUCAUCUUCAUUGCCAUCAUGAUUCACAAGGCCCCCGCUGCCUUUGGCUUGACUUCAGUGCUGCUUAAGCAAGGACUAUCAAAGCGGGCAGCUCGAGGUCACUUGGUGAUUUUCAGCUUGGCCGCGCCUGUUGGAGCUUUGUCAACAUGGAUCAUGAUCACGCUGCUUGGUGGCGAUCACUUGCAGGGGAAUUCAGGUCAAUGGUGGACGGGCAUGCUUCUACUGUUCUCGGGGGGAACGUUUUUAUACGUUGCGAUGCAGGCUAUGCAAGAGGACACCGGCGCUCAUAGCCACGAUCACGGCUCCGGCAUGAAUGGCUACUCGGAUGGCAACUCUGCACAUCAGCGAAAGGCAAAGGGCCCUCAAAUGCGAGACACGAUUGCCACGGUUGUGGGUAUGGGGAUUCCACUUCUCGCGCAACUUGGCCACUAGAGAUGCCGCUAAAUACGAUUUGCACGCAUACACCGCGUAUCAAAAGUACCCAGCAGAAAGGGGGUGUGUUUCAAUUGUUUCUAUGAUUCCAAAACAGCAUUUACUACGGGAUGAUCUACUACAGAUGUAGACGGGCUUGUGGAUAGUUUAGGUAUAGAGUUAUCAUAUCUUUGAGGGUUGAAAUAGUUGGUCGCUUUUGGGCUUAUCAUGCGCAGCAUAUAAUUACAUAGAGCACGAUACCUUAGAUGUCUGGCAUAGCUUGGCAGGGACUUAAAAGC